UCUCUUCUCCAGACUAAAUUAACCCUAGCUCUUUCAGACAUUCAUGUAAAAUCAAGAACACACACAACACAUACGAUCACCUGUUAACAACUUCAAAGCACUUAGCUAAUUUCUUAUCCAUAUAAUAUACCAAGUCAAAUGCCUUAAAGACCUCCAAAUGCAUUAUAGCAAUACUUUGACCUUGCUGAACUAACUGGUAAUCACACUAUUACUUUAUGAGUUCCUGUCAUAGGUCACAGUAAUCUGAGAAGUGCAUUUUUAAACAAGCACCACUAUACUGAAGCUGGAUUUAACCCACAGUUUGCUGGUACCUGGAGACCAAACCUGAUCACAAGAGGCAUUACCAGCUAAGGGAAAUUUCUACACCAAACAAGGUGCUACGAAAUGGCAGCAGUAAAAGGACAAACUCAGAACACAACCAAAACUAUGUGGAAUGCUGAUAGAGUAUCCAAGAUGCAGGAAGAGGCUGGGCUGCUGAUGAAGCCCUAUGCCAGCUGGGAGGAGUUCCUCAUGCCUGCCCCUGCCUGCAUUGCCAUCUUAGGAAAGCUGAUGUGCAGCACCUCAGAGCAGGGCCCCUUCACCCUCCAAGAGAGUUCCUCCAAUGCUGACUUUACACAAGUUGAUCCCCCAAAGCACUUCAAGACCCACUUGCAUAAACUGAGUAACCAUUUCUGGGAGGCUUUCAAUGAGGCCCACACAACCAUGGGUAGCAUUAAGGAUUUCUCUGAGUCUGCAGUGACCAAGAUGAAAAACUUCAUACAGUCCUUCCAGGAAGCUGAUGUGGCAAAGGCCUUGUCCCUAACAAGCCUAAAUAAGAUAAAGAAGAGGGCAGAAAAAUGCACAACCUACGUUGGUAGUGUGAAGACAGAGUUCUCAGCUGUGACCAAAAUUAUUCAUAAACUCCUGGAGGACUGCCUGGAAACCAAGAAAAGCUAUGAGGAUAAGCUAAGAGAUGUGCAGGGAACACUGGAGCAGGCCAAGAAACAGGAGGAGGCAGCCAAGAAGGCCAAGGAGGUGGCUGAGCAGCAUCUAAAGCAAAUGGGACAGCAACUGGAGAAGACUUUCAACCAGUACAAGAUGAGCCUGAAGUCCAUCCCAUCCGGGUGGGAAGCUAUAAAGGUGUCUAUCAAGCAGAACAUGAUAAAUGUUCUCCUUGGCCAAGGGGCAAAUUUUCUAAACAAACUGGCAGAGAAUUGUGGCUUCUCCAUAGGUGACAUAGAAGGUGAAAUGGCCAAGUUACUAAGCAUGUCUACUUCAAGCCCAGAGACCACUAUCUGUGUCAGGGCAGAUGAGCUUCUAGAAUAUGCAAAAUGGCUUAAAAAUGUAACUUCAAAUGGCAGGCUCCAAAUGGAUCUCAUCUUUGACCAGAAAAGCCAAAAUGUUAAAAUCCACUGGAUAAAGCAUCAUUUCCAAUCCCAGAAAAAUGAACUAAUUGAACAAGUUUCAUGUAAAGCCAAACAAGAAGCCCAAGAGAUCUGUCAGUUAGGUAUUUCUAUCUGUGAAGAGUUAGAACAAAUAGCCUUGUCCCAAAGCACAGAGGAGGAAAAACAGCAGAAAGUGAUUGAGGACAUCUGUGAACUUCACCAGAAAGCAUUUCAAUUUACUUCAUAUAGUAAAGACUUUGUGAGGGCCCCAGCUUUCCCCUUUGUUGAAGGUCAAGAGGACUCACACUGGCAUGGAAUUGAGCAGGUGAAAGAAAAUGUGAAGCAGAGAGAGAUGAUGUUCAAGACAACUCAGGAGAAGUAUGAAAAAGGUUUUGAAGACCUGGUGAAGUGGAAUGAGGAGCUGACAAAAGUCCACUGUGACAUAAAGCAGUACGAGAUGAGGAAAAUAGAUUUUGAGAUGCUUGUGACUAUGCUGAUUGAAGAAUCUGAUGUCCUGCAGAAAAUGAAUCGGCAGUGGGAGAAGAUGGGGCAACUUAUCCAGAUGAUUUCCAGUUUGCUUGACUUCAGCUCCUGCCAGGACAUCCAGGAGUAUUUAGGUUCCAUGGAAAGUGUUCAGGCUGUCGACUACUCUUCUAAAAUCUUGGCAAUGGAUCUGGUUUGCACCCAGGUUUUCAGUGCAAUCAGUGUGGCUCAGCUAGUUUACAUGAUCUCCAACAGCUACAAGAAGUUAUCUGAUGACCACCUGAUGCCUGGGUUCCAAAGCCUCCAGGACAUCAUCAGCACAAAGUCUUCUAGCUUUGAUGCCGCUUAUUUUGAAAAUGCCCAGCGUGCUAUCUACAAAGAAGUGGAAAAUGCAAAGGAUGACUUCAAGAACAACGUACAGGCCAGGAUAGAGAAACUGAGGAUGAGGCUGCCCUCAGAGAACAGGGGGGAAUUGAAAACAAUUUAGGAUGCAACACAAAGCACCAUGAAGGAAAUCAAAUACCAAAGAAGAACACUGCUAUGAAGAUGACCACCCCCUUCCCCACUGUGAAGGCAAAAACAAAUAUAAUUAAAGUGUGUACACAUUUGCUAGAUUAUAUAUUCAGAUUAAAAAACUCAAUAAAUGAGACAAAGUUAAAAUAGUAGUAGAUAUUGUUUCGUAAGUCUUGUAGUCAUUACAGCUAAAUACGUAUCUCUCAUUCAGAUUCAUUAAAAACAAAAUCUAGUCACUCUUGAGCAUCCUGACAGGGUUUCCAAUACUUCAAUCAGUCAUUUCUACACCUGAGUUAAUAUUAUCAUGCCUGAUCUAAGCCUUUUAGCUAGAACUAAAAGCAGACUGCAGGACCAUAAAACAGAAGAGAGACAUUUCCAGAAAUGUCUAACAGACAGCAAAAUUUCAGAAGAAAGGAUAGUUUGAAUAGUGGAACUUGAAGACCAUAAAGAAAGGACAGAGGGUCAUUAACACCUAUGGACUUAAUCAGGAAUCGGAUAGAUUUUAAUGACCUAUGAAGUCAACUGACUCCCUCAGUUCUGCCUGAAUAGGAAUCCUGCAGGUCCUCCCAGGCAGUAGACUUUAAAGUUUGGACGGAGUUGGAAUCAAAGCGGUGGGGGAGAGGCAUGCAACUACACCAGUAACCCUCACCUGGAUCUGCUCCUGCCCAAAUCCAUGAUGCCACUGCUGAACCCCACCACCACUGGACCAUUCCAGCUGCUGCUGGAUUUGCAGACCAUGCCUGGAAAGAGCCCUACAUUUUGAAUCCAAGCCAGGGUGAGUUUGACAUCCCUACAUUAAACUACCCUCUCUUCCAGUAUCAAGGGAGCCCAUUUCUUCUUAGAUGAACAAGGAUACACCUGGCCUCUCCCCAUCAACUCUUCAGUAAAUCUUCCCAUUAGACACAUUUUGGGCCACUGGUACCAUUCAAGCUGAAGAAGAUCCUUCUGAUCUGUUGUCUUGGGCUAUUGGAAGCAACCAAUGAACCCAAUGAAAUUCAGUUCCACAGAGGACACAAGUACAUAAUUGUAUAGCCAGGACCUAGGCUACACCAGUUCAAUGAACCACAUGCCCAAAAAUACUGGCCUAGACCAGUUUUUUUUUUUUUUCAACCAGGCUGCUCACUGCAGCUUUUGGAUCAAUAUCAAUAUAGUGACUGUGUAAGGCAAUGUGGAGCACAACUGUCAGGCUUGACUAUUUUUUAAAGGCCUGAGCCACAGAAGGUGGAUAAGACGGAGGAUCCCUAUAAGGCUUUGCCUAACUGACCUUAGCAUGAAAGCACUGCAGAUGCAAGAGCUGGCUGAGCACAGCAAAGGAAGCCAUUUGUAUGCUUCAUUGAGACACCAUCAAACAGAGCACAAAGUAAAACGAAUUUGGGAAACAAAACAGCCUUGUCAAACCAUAAACUAGAGUAAAAAGGCAAUGGACCAGUGUUCCGCAAUGGAAAGGGAAACGAGAUAAAGAAUCCGCCUUUGCUUUCUCAAGGAUCUAAAUCAUAACUAAUUGCCUUUCUUUAGGACCACAAGAUAUCUGUUUCAAUCCAUUUUUGAAAUUUUCAGUGAAACAAAUUUUAAUAAAAACAAUCAGGGAUUAGUUAUUAGAAUACUGAAAUUAUGCUUACCAGCCAUCCAUAAAUACUGGACAUCAGCAGGGGGGGAAUUUAGAGACAUCCACAUGCUGAACCACUUGGAGACUCCCCUGCUGAUAGGGACUGAGAGUCUGGCCAGCUUCUCUUUGUAGCAGUCAAGACCCAUCCCAUAAGAUUUUGCUUUAUACUUUCUUACUAAUCUUGCUUUGUCAAUUCU